AUGGCUAAGACUAAGAGCAAAACGACGGUGGUGAGACUCGUCUCGACUGCUCUUACUGGGUUUUUCCGGCAUGUCGCUGUGGCACGAGGCGCACCGCUUGUCACACAGGUGCGGUAUGAUCCGGUUGCCAAGCGGCGGGUGUUGUUCCGCGAAGCCAAGAAGCGCAAGGUGGCGGAGCGCAAGCCUGUGAGCUUCAGCCGGUACACGAAAUAG